UAGUGUGAUACGCGUUUUAACAGUGGAAAAAUUAUAUUUUACAAGCAUAACCCAUCUCAAGUGUUUCUGUGUUAUCCUUUAUAAAUUAGUCUGCAGAAAUGGCGGCUCAAUUUGGCAGAAAUCCGCAAAAUCUAGCCAAUGGUUUGAAAGCUGUUGCAAUUAUCGGAGCAACGACUUACGGUAUUUCCCAAACGGUGUUCAACGUUGAUGGGGGUCACCGAGCCAUCAUGUACAACCGGAUAGGAGGUGUACAGAGACACAUCUUGACGGAAGGCAUGCACUUUCGUAUACCCUGGUUCCAGAAACCUAUAAUCUAUGACAUCCGAUCUCGACCCCACGUAAUAUCUUCACCUACCGGGUCAAAAGACUUGCAAAUGGUAAAUAUUUCGUUGCGAGUCUUGUCUCGUCCCAAUGCGGAAAGUUUACCCACAAUGUACCGGCAGCUGGGCACUAACUACGAUGAAAAAGUUCUACCGUCCAUUUGCAAUGAAGUUUUGAAAUCAGUCGUUGCUAAAUUUAACGCUUCCCAAUUGAUCACGCAACGGCAUCAAGUGUCUCUGCUCAUACGAAGAGAGUUGGCUGAAAGGGCAGCUGAUUUUAACAUUAUUCUCGACGAUGUUUCUCUCACUGAGAUGAGUUUUGGUAGAGAGUACUCAGCUGCAGUAGAAGCUAAGCAGAUAGCCCAGCAAGCGGCACAGCGGGCAUCGUUUGUAGUGGAGAGAGCGAAGCAAGAACGCCAGCAGAAGAUUGUACAAGCCGAAGGUGAAGCUGAGGCAGCAGAGCUAUUGGGAAAGGCGGUGUCAAUGAACCCCGGAUAUUUGAAAUUGCGCAAAAUUAGAGCAGCGCAGAACAUUUCUAGAAUGAUCGCGAAAUCACAGAAUAAAGUUUUUCUGUCUGGGGAGAGCUUAAUGAUGAACCUCCAGGAUCCUGAGUUUGACAACUUCUCUGAAAAAUUGAUCAAGAAAAAGUAA